ACUGAUUCUCUAUAAACUUGAAAAGGAUAAAUAAAAUAAUAAAACAAAUGAUGGGGAAAUACAGAAAUAAGCUGGAGAAAACAUCAAUUCAGCUCACAAUCUGAAGACAAAUGUUGAUACUUCUUUUUUCUAGUUUGAUCUUGAUGAUGAAUAUUUGGCCUUCAAGAAAAUGCAUGAAUUUUCCACAGUGGAUGGCUUUGUAGAGAUAACCAAAUCCUUGGCCGACAUGAUAAAUUUCAUUGCAAACGAGCCUGCGGCAGGGCUUAUCUACAUUCAACAGCAUACCCAAAAAGCAGUGCCUAACCUUAUUAAUCUCAAUAACAAUGUUGAGGAGAAAUCUCGUCAAGUGACUUUGCACACAGCGGAUUCAGAAGAUUCUAUCAUCAUUGUCAGGUCAAUGAAAGAGUCUGGCUUUCCAAUUGCUAAUGAAAUGAUUAAAGAUCUCAGACAUUCUCUAGCUGUCAUGUCCAAGAAGCAGCCAAAAAGAGGAUUUAUAAGUAGAUCAAGUUCAAGUUUCCGGAUAGGGAGAACUAUCUCUUGGAAUCCUGCUACUUGGGGUCAUAAUACAGGUCCAGAACAAGACGGUGAGAGGAAUGCUGGUUAUAUUUCAAAUAUUUUCAGGUCGACAAAAGAAAAAGCUAGUAGCUUCAAGUGGCCUCAGUUUGAGUCCAUAGAAUCUAAACCAGCCAAGAAUGAAGUAUCUUUAUCUAACAAAGAUGAGCAAUCUGUGACCUGUUCUAAUGAUGUGCUGUCAAAGCCAGACGCCAGCUCUUGCUCGAGGGGACAAAGAUGAAAAGUUUUCGUUGGCAAGUCAAACUGCCGAUGAGCUACAAGAAGUGCAGAUUGAAGGAGAAGCAAAACUUGACGAGUGGUCGGGAGGACGGGCAAUCAUAAUGUUGGUCCUGGAGAAGUUAAUUAACAGUAAAGGGCUUUCGCUUGAUAUAGCUUUGAACCUGAAACAAUUCUUUGAUGAAUCUUUGUUCUAAAACAGAGAGAUUAUCAUAGUGUUCGAAAGAGAAGGGAAAAAGAAGCUUGAAUCUACAAUUUAUUCUAAUUGUCUUUGUACCUUGAGGAAUCUAUCUUUGUAAAUUGCUUUUAGUAAAUUGCCUUUUCAAAAAUAAAUUGCUUUUAGUUUAUUCUC